UCCGGGUGAACUAACAGAAGUUGUCGUCCACACAAGGAAACCCUGGAUUCACCUAAUGUUGUUGCAAGUACAAUUUAUCUUACUGUCUCUUUUACUUAUUUUUGAAUCCCCCAGCAUGCAUGGACUACCAUGUUCCUCUUUGGGCCACUGUUUUGGUAAUUCGUCCGAUGUCAACCCUGAUCCAGCACCUCCUCGGGAAGAGUCGAACAACUCCAGACAAAGCAGAAAUAAUCACAGACUUCCAGAUCCAAUAAUCUCCCAGCCUGAAGCUCUACCGAGCAGGCCGCGGGAGGAGCAGCACAAACACACUCAGAGGACUAUCAGCUGCAUCUCAACCCACUCCACCAUAACCAGUAAAGUCAAUGGAUCCCACUCCAUCUCUGUCUGCAGCAUGCAGGACGCAGAUGACCACCCGUGCUUUGAGUCACCUCCACCCUGCCAUAGCCUGUCACAGAGCUCUGAGGAUGAAGAGCUGGAGUUUGACUGUAGUCCCGAGCUCGAGAUGAAAUAUCCUCAAAUCCCUAGACCCUCCAUCAUCAUCAGACAGUCGAAGGAACCAAAAUUCCAGGAAACAGAGUCUGACAGGUCUGACAGUAGGGAGACAGAGGAUGGAGGGUUAUCAGGUAUGGAAAACAAACUGGAGCUUCCUCCUCUUUUCUCUCCGCUUCCCUCUCCACCUCCUGCUCCUCCACGCUGGAAGUUUUUUGGGCACAGAUUUGAGAACGGAAAAGAUUUGAGAUUGUGUCAAGGCAUCAUUAAAGAAACAAUUCUCUAA